GCCCCCGAUGGCCCGCGGCUCGGCGGCCUGCACCGGGGACGCGCGGCUGCUGCUCGGCCGGGACGUGCUGGGACCGGCGCCCGCGCUGCUGGCCCCCGCCGUGCUGCUGGGCGCCGCGCUCGGCCUGGGCCUCGGCCUCUGGCUCAGCCGCCGGGCUGGCCGUCUGGGCCCGCGACACCAGAAAGACGAUGCUCAACAUCUGCUCAAGAACCUGGAGCCCAACGUCCAGACUCCCUCGGAAGCCAGCUCCCCACCAAGGAGGCGGAAGCGAGAAGCACAGAUGUCCAGAGAUGAGGCUGCUGUAGAGGAAAGCCAGCGGCCUUCUAACAGCGAUAUCACUGCAUUUGCCCUGAAGGCAAAGGUCAUCUACCCCAUCAAUCAGAAGUUCCGGCCUCUGGCCGAUGGGUCCUCCAACCCAUCCCUGCAUGAGAACGUAAAGCAGGCGGUCCUGCCGCACCAGCUGGUGGAGGCCUCCCCUUCCAGCAGCCUGGGGAGCCUGAGCCAGGCCGGGAAGGACGAUGGCAGCUCCUCCUCCAGUAUCCACUCGGCCACCAGCGAUGACAGGUUUCUCAGCCGCACCUUCCUCCGCGUGAGCACCUUCCCCGAGGUGCUGGCCUGCGAGAGCAUAGACAUCGACCUGUGUGUCUACAGCCUUCACUUAAAAGAUCUGCUGCAUUUGGACACAGAGCUGAGGCAGGAAAAGCAUGUGAUGUUUAUUCAGAUUUUUAAAAUGUGCCUCCUUGACCUGCUUCCUAAAAAGAAAUCUGAUGAUGAAUUGUACCAGAAGAUUCUUUCAAAACAAGAAAAUGAUUUGGAGGCGUUAGAAAAGGGACUUCAGGUCAAACUGUCAAACACGGAAAUGCUGGGUGCUGGUGACUCUGAAUACAUCACCCUGGCAGAUGUGGAAAAGAAGGAGAGAGAAUAUUCUGAGCAGCUAAUAGAUAAUAUGGAAGCUUUCUGGAAACAGAUGGAAAACAUCCAGCACUUUCUUGUGGACCAGUAUAAGUGUUCCAGCACCAAAGCCCAACAGCUCGUGACGAUGCUGACGGAAAGCCUGAUUGCAGCCGAAGGGCUGUUGCAUGAUUCCCAGGAUCUGCAGGCCCUGGGUACGCUGGACAGGACGAUGGGGCGGAUGCACUUGGUGAAAGUGAUCGAGACCCUGAGGCUGCAGAUCCAGGAGGAGGCCAAGUGCCGCCUAGCCGCCAUCUCCCGCAGCCUGGAGCUGCUGACCGUCAAGGGGCAGCUGUCCGGGCGGCAGAAGGAGGAGCUGCUGACCCAGCAGCACAAGACCUUCUGGCAGGAGGCAGAGCGCUUCAGCAGGGAGUUUGUCCAGCGAGGCAAAGACCUGGUCCAGGAGUCUCUGGCUCACCAGGCGGAGGGGACAGCAAAGCUCACACUGGCCCAAAAAGAGGAGCAGAGAAGCUUCCUCUUGGAGACUCAGCUGCCCACCGACCCAGAGGAGUUCCUCAAGGCUUUUCACGAGGUCCUGGAGAGGCACAGGCUGAGACUGUGGGAUCUGGAGCUGGAGGAGAACGUCAGGACCACUGAAGCUGCGGCUGCACUCUGCCAGGAGCUAUACUGCAGCACCAUGGACACUUUCCAGAAGUUUCUGGAUGUCUUCUUCCUUGAGACACUCCCGGGCAUGACGGGGCUUCCCCCAGUGGAGUGUGACUACCUGAGGCAGGAGGUGUGGGAGGACACCGUGCAGCAGCUGGGCCAGUCAGACCGCUUCCGCAGGCAGCAGUGGGAGCUCUUCCAGGAGCUCCUGCAGCAGGAACAGCAGGGAUGGAUGGAGGAGGGCGCUCUGUCCUCUCUGCUGCAGACACACCUUCGGGAUGAGCACGAGAACACAGUCCGCGGAGUCUUGGACCGACUUGGCGGCCUCACUGAAGAGUCCACGCAGUGUGUCCUGCAGGGCCAUGAACUGCUGCUGCGCUCGGCCCUCCGGAGGCUGGACCUCCGCGGUGGUGCCCUGGCCACCCUGGCGCAGAUGAGGCUGUCAGGGAAGAAGCGGCUCCUGCAGGAGCUGCGCGAGCAGCGUGCGCUGGAGCAGGGCUCCUCCCAGUGCCUGGAUGAGCGCCAGUGGCAGCUGCUCAAAGCCCUGGAGGCCCGUGUCCUGGAGGAAGCUGGCCACCUGGAGGAUGAGGCGCAGCAGAUGCGGCUGCAGCUCCAGCAGCAGCUUGUGGCCGAGGCCCAGGAGGUUGGGCAGCUGCUGCAGCAGCACACAGAGCGUGCCAUCGGGCAGGCACUGCUGGGGCACGCACGCAGCACGGCCACCAGGAGCCGGGCCAAGGACAAGGAUGACCUCAAGAGGACGCUGAUGGAGGCGGCAGUGGAGAGCGUCCACGUGACCAGCACUGGUGUCAGCUCCCUGGUGCAGGAGUAUUACCAGCACAUCAGGAAGAUCGCUCAGGCCCACGAGGAGAGGAGACUGCAGCUCCUGAAGACCCUACAGGGUGAGAGAAUGGAAAAUUACAAGCUUCGGAAAAAGCAAGAUUUCAGUAGUGCUUCGCUGGGGAGCAAGCUGGCAGGUGGAACUCUUGAAGCUUCCCAGGCUGUCCACCAGAGGAUGCUGGCCCAGCAGAAGAGGUUCCUGGCACAGUUCCCUGUGCACCAGCAGAUGCGCCUGGACGCCCGGAAGAACCAGGCAAGGGUUAUGGACCUUCUGGAAGCCCAGUUUGAGACCCAGCUGCAGGAGGCUGAGCAGCACUUCCUGUCUGAACUGGCAGCUUUGGCCCAGGUGUCUCUCACUGAAAGCAAACUGCUCCCCAGUAAGCGCGGGCUGCUGCCAGAGAAGCCUCCAAGGACCAAAAGAAAGAAGCCUCCGCCCAGGGAGAGAGGAGAUCCAGGGGUACCCCAGGAUGAGGACCCUGUGUCCAGGGACCACACCUCAGGGUCACUCAGCAGCAAAAGGCCAAGUCAGCAAGAAGGUGAAGCUGGCAACGGUGAGAACUCAAAGAAGAUGCUAAAGAGAAGGAACAAUCUGUAGUUCCAGACCAGUUGGGGAACUGAACCUGAAGCCAGGUGUGGACAUGGUGGCUACCGUGAGAGAUGUCAGGAAGAAGGGGUGUGUGGGGUCUCCCGUUCACGUUCCCGUCGUGACAGGGUGGGGAAAGGAUGCUACAAAGCACCAAUGAGUAUGGCAGGCCCCGUAGCCUGAGAAAAUUAGGAGCCUGGCGUUGGACACAUGUAUUUGUGAGUUUGCAUCUCCCGUGGCUUUGAUCUCAUUCUUCCAAGAGCAUCCUCUCUUCCUUGGCCCUCCCAGUCCUCUGUACCCCAGCCCCAUCCCGUGCCCUGAUGCCGCCCAAACCUGUCUUCCCUGAGCUUGAGGGUAUUUCACCACAGCCUCGAGGGCCUCUGCCCCCAGCCUCUCUGAGAAGCGCUGCUGAGUAGGGGUCUCAGUGUCGCUGGUGUUUCCUGCACCCCUUGUCUCUGCCAUCCAGCGCCCUGUUCUCUCCUUCCCACGCACCCCAGCUGUUGGCUGCAGUGUUUUCAUGGGGACCAACACCUGCCUUUGGAUUUUCCUGUCCUCGGGCUCAGCUGGCAGAUGAGGCCUGGUCACUCUGAGACGCUGAUGAGAGAAUCCCUGGCCCUGUAGGCCUGUCCUGACCCAGCUGAGGACUCACAGCUCCCUUUCGUGGCUCAAUAAAAUAUUUUUGUUGUGGAGUCUUGUAAAAAGCUGUGGGUUCCUUGGUGCGGGAUUCUCAGAAUCUGAUUUGCAGAGAAAUCACUUGUAUUUUGUCACUUGAGUGCUCUGUAUUCUGAAGCAGAUGGCUCCUGUGUUGGGGGUGCAUUUGCUGACAUGGUGAUACUACGGCAGUGUCUUCUCCCAGAGGCACUUACAGUACAUGAAAGGGAGGCCUCGCCCAGCCAUCACUACACCUGUUGGGGGUGAGUCCUUCUACUAGACAGCAGGUCCUCUCUGCUGGGGCACCUGCUUCUUCUGAUGGUUGAUGAGAACAUCCAGAAACUUCCAGAUCAGCCACACAUAAACCACAGCCAGGAGAGGCCUUUCCCACCUGGAGAGAUAAUUGCUUUUUACAUUGAAAUCAGGGAUUCUCAACUUCAGCACAGGGGACACUUUGGGUGAGAUAAUUCUGAGGGGAGGACAUGUCCUGCGUGUUACAGGAUGUUCAACAGCACCCCUGACCUCCAUCCACUAGAGGCCAGUAGCAUCCUGCACCAGGUACAACAAACCAACACGUCUCCAGAUGUUGCCCAGUCCCUCCAGGGGUAUCACCUGCUGGUCAGAUGCAGAGUCGGCCCUAGUCAAGUCCCCCAUGUGACAGAUGAAGUGUGCACUAAUUCCCAGAACAUUCUGGGCUCCAUGGAUUUUCUGGGCCAUUUGUGAAUGUUCAUUUCUUAGAAUCUGAAUUAGACUCUCUCAGUCAAGCUAGGGUGGCUCCUACCCGGAAGCCUUAAUCAAACUCACCCACCGUCAAGGGCAUCCUUCGGUUCCUGUUGGGGCAGAGGUGGGAUUGCCAAAGUUAACCAACAGCUCCCUCUUGUGGCUCAAUAAAAUAUUUUCAUUUUGGGGUCUUGUAAAAAGCUGUGGGUUCCUUGGUGUGGGAUUCUCAGAACCUGGUUUGUGCAGAAAUCACUUGUAUUUUGUCAUUUGAGAGCUCUGUAUUCUGAAGCAGAUGGCUUCUGUGUUGGGGGUGCAUUUGCUGACAUGCGUGUAGUAAUACAGGCCUGCUGGCAGCACCAGGACUGGCUCAGUUACCCUGAGACUAGAUCUCUAAAAGCAUCCAUUCAAAGAUCUCCAGGGCCCAACACAAACCCUUCUCCUCUGACAAGUCCUCCUGAGGGCUCCCUGUUCCACAGUCCCGCAGCGUGACUCAAAGCCUGGCACACAGAACUCCAUGACGAGGAUGUGGACUGUGUGUGUUCACAUCACAAACCAACACCUGUAGCUCCCAGCAAGAG